GGUGGGCUUCCGGUUGCUUUUGCUGGUCGUCAGCUGCCACCGCUUCAGUAUUGGCAAUUUAACACCGUCAAGUAUGGAUUGCUGGCAGAAAUAGCAACUGAGCUGCUCACAGUUCCAUCGUCGACCGUAUCACUUGAGAGAAUUUUUGCAACCUCUUCACCAGAUAUGGCAAGCGCAAACGACGAUUCGGAUAGCUAUGUCUGUAGCCAAAUAACCUUUGACCCCAUCGCUCUGAUAAAGACAAUUGACGAACCACAACGAAUGGAACGCGAUGCGAUGCUUCGGUUCAAUCGUGCACUGAUACCGCAGUUCUGA